AUGUCUUCAAAGGGAGGAGAGAUUGGAAUUAACAUCAACUGGAAGUGUAAUCUGGACUAUAAUGUGACGUACUGCAAUCCCAAUUACUUCUUCACACGCUUGGAUGCUGCUUUUGAGAACAGCGUUGCUUCCCAGGGAUAUAACUUCAGGUUUGCUAAAUACUAUCAGUCCGAAGAUGGGACCGAGCAUCGAACGCUUCAUAAAGCUAAAGCCAUCCGCUUUGAAAUAAUCGUGUCUGGCAAUGCAGGAAAGUUUAGCACUGUGCCAUUUCUGAUUAAUUUGGUGGCAGCUUUCACUUCAGUGGGAUUGGCUACAGUGUUCUGUGACAUUAUCCUUCUCAACUUUCAUAAAGGGGCGGACGAGUACAAAGCAAAGAAAUUUGAAGAGGUAUCAGGCGUUGUGUCCGAGUCAGCAAACAACAGACUCUAUGAGGGAAGCCAGAGGUCAAUCAAAGCAUUGGAGAAGAGCUCAAAUGACUCAGGGACCUUUUCUAUCGGACGGCAGGACCCGUCAAACCAAUGAGACUUUCAAAUAAUAUAGCUACUUCUAGAUUUGUGAUUAUUUGCACUUUCGGUAUAGUAGUAGUUUGUUUUAAAUCUGUGAACUUAGGGCUGGAUUUGUUAAAGAGUUUAAAUAAAAGCAUUCUUCAGUCAACCCCAAACCCUGAGAAAACACACAUCUAUACAAAUAGCCUACACUACCAGUCAAAAGUCUGUAUAUGCACCUGAUCAUUCUUUAUUCCUAUUUUCUGCAUUUUAGAAUAAUAACCAAGUCAUCAAAACUAUGAAAUAACAGAAAUGUAAGUAUGAGAGUUACAUAGUAACCAAAAACGUUAACCAAUCAAAACAUCUUAUUUCUUGAGCUUUAAACAGAUUUUCCAUGUAUGCUGGACAGUGUCUCAUUUUCUCAAGAAAUUCACAACUUAUCACAAUUUACUGUAUAUUUGUCUACAAAACUUUUUA